AUGUGUUAUGAUGGUUGGAUAGUAUGCGAUAAUACUGUUAUAUUCGCAGCAGCAUCUGUUGUUAAUAUGGAAAUUGUUUGUGUGCAUUUUCGUCCAUUCAUAUCAAUUGAACAUUUAACAGUUUGGCUUGAAUUAGAAAUUCCAUCUUAUAGUGAUAGUAAUGAUUUUUGUAUUGUUGUACAGAAUGAAAUAUUUGAUGAAAUAGCUUUAAUGAAAUCAAAUUGUAUUGCUUAUAUUUUUCAAAUUGUUGAUUAUUGUGAACAACGUGCUAUAGUUAAUAAAGAAUUAUUUAAACGACCGCAAUUUGAUAAUAAUUAUCAUUUAAUGUCUAAUCUUGAUUAUGAAUUAUAUUGA